AUGACAGUGCUAUGGAUAUUGCUCCUGGCUGCCGCAGUCUCCGGCUUCGAAGUCGGCAGGGAGUAUGUGUACGAGUACAACGGAACGAUGUACAUUCUAAACCCUGAGCAGCGGCAUCAGUUGACUGGUCUUGGAUUCCGAAGCAAGGUCAUCAUGCAGCCUAAGCCCGAUCACAUGCACUUCAAGAUUGUGAACUUCGAAACGGACACGUUCAACUCGGAUGAGAUCGACCUGUCUAAUCACGAGUUCCAGUACGCGUCAAACAAUCACCUCCUCGGUGCUCUCGAACAAGGUUUUGCCGCCAAGUUCGACGAAGGGAAGAUCGAGGAGAUCGAGAUCGGCAAGAGCGAACCACUGUGGGUUAGAAACGUGAAGAAGGGCGUGCUGUCCCUCUUCCAACUGGACCUCGUCAAGGGACGUCACGACCGCCGCGAUGACAAGGAGUACCACGUCAAAGAGGAUGGCCUCCACGGCCCUUGCGAGACGAUGUACGUCGUUCGCGAAGAAGAAGAGCACGACUACCUUGAGGUGACCAAGGUUAAGAACCUGGAGAAGUGCGACCACCCCAGCUUUGCCGUCAUAGGCCGGGAGGUGGCGAAGAAGUGCGUCAUGCGCGAAGUGCAGGGGGAAAUGCACCCGUACUCCUCCACAUCAGAGGUGUAUUACGAACUCAAGGGAACCGCGCAGAAUUACGUGAUCGUGCACGCCUGGGCCGAGUCUGGAUACCUGUUCAAGCUUCACGGCGAGGGCAAGAAGAUUCACGUGAAACUGAAUCGCACCCUGGACCUUCUGCAAGAGCACGACGCCACCACGGAGACCACGCUCGCCGAGGACGUCGAGAAGGAGCGCUCUCUGGUCCAGGAAUUCGCCACGACUGGCGACCUAAAGACCCACGACGAGCUCAAGAACCCCAAUGCUCUUUUUAAGAACUACGAGCUUCACGCCAACAAGGAAAAAUUUGCGGAAGGCUUGAACAAGCUGGCGGAACUGGAGUAUACGGACGAUGAUAUCAAGGAGAUCGACAACAAAGCAAGCGGAAGCCAGUUGUUCAUCACCCUGUUCCGCUCUUUCAGCAGCUUCGACUACGACGAAAUCAACGAUAUAUACCAGCACCACGUGCGCUCUGCCCAUGAGGAACUCCAGGUUAGCAUCCUUCACACAUUCUUGGAUCUCCUCGCUGCCGUCGGCAUGAACCCUCACGUCACCUUUGGACUGACCCUGAUCAAGAAUAACGAGCUGACCCCACUGGACACCCAGCGAUUUUACGAGAAACUCCACCUGAGCCUGAAGGAAGUCAGCACCGCAAUGAUACACGAAAUCGCCGACUCGUGCAAAUCGGAGGCCGUCAAGAGCAACCGAGGAGCUUGGAGUGCCUGCAAAUUGGCCGCCAGCGCAGUCGCAGGGGGCCAGGGAUGCAAGCACGCACGCGAUGACCACGGGGAGGACCACGGCACCUGCAGCCCCGAGAUCGUCUCACGGAUCUUCAACUACUCCGUGACGCCGGCAGACACACACAACGAGACCGAUUUCGAGAGCACCGUCUUUAUGCGUGUGGCCCGCAACCUGGGCACGCGGAAAGCAAUGCGCUACCUGGGGCGUUUCAUCGCUCCCAAGUGGCACGCGAGCGGGCCCAAGAGGACGGCUGCCCUCUUUGCGCUGAAGCAGGCCUCCAAGUUACACCCUGCACUGGCUCGCUCUAUCGUCUUGCCCGUGUUCUACAACACGAGUGAGCCGAGCGCGAUCCGUGUCGUCUCUUUCCUCGCAAUCUUGUUCAGUGGCCCAGACCUCUACCUACUGCGUCACAUUGCUCGAGAAAUGGUCACGGAGCCCAGCGACCAAUUGGUGGCGUUCGUGUCGAGUGCAUUCCGUUCCAUGGCCAACUCUAAGUACCCCUGUCAUCGAGAAGUUGCCCAGAAGAUGCGCUACGUGCUGCCAGAAUGGGACCACGACGCUAGGUUCAGGAGACCCAUAGACAAGGCUUCAUCUCACCUUAUCAUCUCCUCCACAUACAACCCCAAGUAUGACUACGGUAGCUUGACGGCCUCGGAGAUGAUCCGCUCGCACGACAGCUACCUGCCCAGGAACGCCUUCUUCAUACUGAGGGACUGCAAAUCCGGAUACAACUUUGAAACGCUCACCCUCGAGUUCGAGAGCUGGGGCAUGGACAAGCUCUUCAAUCACCUGCUGGGCCCGCAGCCCGCAUCCACGAAGAACCUCUGGAACUUCAUGGGGCGUCGUCGCAUCCCGCGUGAUGCAACGGCUAAAGAACGAAAGGAGAUCGAGGACUCUCUACGCAUCGCCGACCGAGAGUACGACCCGAUGUACGCCUACCUUACGCUCUCGAUCUUUGGAAAGACCGUCGAGAGUCUUAGCAUCGACGAGAGCAUCUUGGCCACACUGAAGGAAGAAGCUAAACCGGAGGAGGCAGUCCGGAAGCUGUUGGGCACCGAGGUCCGCAAGAAGUACUUUUACAUGACCGGAGACAUAUCGCUGCUCAUGCCAAGUGAGUUGGGCGUGCCGGUAAUCUUCGACUACAAGCAGGCUGAGUUUAUCUACGCAAAGCGAGAAAAGAUGGGUCUCACACACGGUGACAACGCAGAGCUCAACUUGGACAUCAAGCACCACUACCUAUACGACGUCGCGUCAAGCCAGAUGCUCAGCUUAGCACCAGAGUUCACCAAGCUGGCCCUAGGAACGGGCUACAGAGCGCGAACCGUCAUCUCCUGGCCGCUCGACCUCAAGGCGACUCUCGCACCGCUCGAGGGUAGGCUGAGCCUGCGCCGUCCUCUACAUCUGCCCUGGAACGUUAUCAACCACAGAUUCCAGCCCUUCACGUUCGCUAUACCAUACGAAAUCAACGCUAAUCCUGCACACGUGAUGGCCGAGUUUCCGAAGCUGGUGAAGCUUCUCUACCGACCUGAAGAGCUGACCGAGUUCGACCAGCACUACUUCGACGACACCUUUGGCGUCGGCCUGAACGUCAAGGGCCACUUGAUCAGCAAGGGCCUGCACCGGGCCGCGCGCGAAGUCUACCACGAGAUGUCAUUCCGGGAGCGCUUGUUCUACAUGGCCGUCAAUCCUCACUGGCACCCACGUGACAUCAAGAUCUACGCCCUCCCCGCUGCUAAAGACCCCACCAAGGAACUGGACAUCGACAUUUCGUACAAGUUCUUGGAGCCAGACGACGAACGGAACAGUCACUUCAACGUGCACGACCAAAUCGCCGAUGAUCCCGAGGUGCCUUCCACCCACGUCCUGAAACUCGACGUCAACUUCAAUGGUGACACCAAGCAGCGAAAGGUGGCCGCCGAGUUGCGGUACUCUUUCAAUCACGACCUCUUCAACCACAAGCUGCAGUUCUUCUACGACAGGACGCCGUUCAGCCACGCUGACACUGAAGGGCUGAAGAUCUGCCUGAACGCAUCGGCGAAAUUUCCCAAGCCCGACUGGAGCGUAACUAACAUGGCUACGUUCUACGCGGGCCACCACAUCGACGCCCACCUUGACGUCCACUAUGGAAGCACCUGCGAAGCUGGCUCGAGUAUCACGAUUGACGGCAAGUUCACACACACCGACGAGGACGAGCAGCAGUUGGCAGCCGCGGCAGAAGGCAAGGCAGUCGGCAGGAACAGGUUCAGCAGCACAUUCCUCCACUGGCUCGCAAACAAAUGUCACCAACAUCAAGAGAAGGGCAUCCAGUUCAGCCACUACUGCUACAGACUGCUCCGUUACCCCAGUCGCCUCGGCAAAUUCACCGCAGACGUAGAGUGGAAGAACUACAAGCCCCUGCUGAGCCGCUUGUCACCGUACUACGCGAAACGCUACGCGCACAAACCCUGGAAAGCCGGCUUCCUGGGUGUGGUUCGCUCGUACUUCACGAGUGACCAUGGCAAGCUCCACGUCGUCUCUCAAGUUCCAUGGUGGAGAGUCGAUGAGAAGCCAUACACCAACAUGAUCGUCACGACCGAGGACGGCCACCACCACGAACACUGGGAGGUGCCCACAUUUAGCAAGAUCCUCGAGCCGAGGAUCUUCUCGAUAACCGGUUACUCGAACGCCGCGGAGUACUCCACGCUCUCCAGACACAAGUACUGUGACCUGCAGUAUCUGAGCGUGCGCACUUUUGACGGCGCCGUGGUCCAACUGCCGGAGACGGACUGCUACAAAGUGGUCGCCCGCGACUGUUCGCCUAACAAGAGAUUCCUGGUCCUGGUCCGUGCCACGAACAACCCUUCUCUCAGCAAGGCACUGAAGGUGUUCAUCCACACGACCAUGAUUGAGAUCUUGCCAUUGGGUGAUCAAUCCGGUCUGGCGGUGCGCGUAGACGGCACCAAAGUAGACAUCACGCCAGAGCAACCCUACAGCCACACCUCUCAUGACGCUGAGCUGUUCAGGAUCAAGAAGGAGGCCACAAAAUGGUACAAGCUGGACUCCGAGCCUUACGGCCUCCAUGUGGGAUUCGACGGAAACUUGCUCGCGGUCGAGGCUGCACCAUUCUACCGUGGAAAGCUGUGCGGCCUGUGCGGUAACUACAACCUGGACAAGAACCACGAGCUGUCCGGACCCGACGGCCACCUGUACAGCAACACGCUCGAGUUCGCCAGGAGCUACGUUGUGCCCAGCGCGGACUGCCACCCACCUGCACACUAGCUGUCCUUGGCAGUGGACUCUCUUAUCGACCAUCACAUCAUUACAACGAACAUAUUUUUGGCAAACUGUUACGAUUAAAAAGAGGGUAGCCAGACUGGAAAGAAGUGACGGCGUCUAGCUUUCCCUGAUCGCUACCCCCCCCCCCCCCCCCAAUCGCAGAAAGAUCUCAAAUUUUAAUCUUUCACAAAACUGCAAGCUCUUCAUAUCUUUUUAUCAAUUGCUUUAAAAAAGCCAAUAUAAGCCAAUAGCACAAAGCACAAGUUCUUCAUCUUCCGUGUAUAUGACAAAAGAAUUCAAAUAAAGAAAAAUGUGAUAAA